AUGGAGACACCAUACACUUGCCGACAAACACUGAAAACACCUGCACCGAUCUCAUGUCUGACUGAAGGACCAUCGGGUCAUUUCUUUGCAGGCUCAGAUGACGGAUCCGUUCGCGUAUAUAAUCAAGAGACUUUGAAGGUCGUGAAAGCUAUCAGAGGUUUGGGAGAAGUAUCGUCUAUUGUAUGCAUGGCGCAUAGUGCAGGUGGCCUCGGGGACAUAUGGGUCGCGUCCGAUCGACAUGCUCUACGUUUUACUAUGGACACAGAAAAGAUGAUCCUUGCAAAGGCUGAUGCGACCUUGACGUUGGAACUUGGUGCCAAAAAUGACGACGUGCUGAACGAGCUCUCGCUCAACCAAAAAAACAGUCAACUGGCAUUUUGCCUGGACUCUGGUACAGUCGGCGUCGCUGAUCUUUCCACGAAACAAAUAACACACAUGAAAACAAGUCAUGACAAUAUCUGUGGAACGGUGAAGUUCAUUCCUGAUCGUCCGAGUGAACUUGUCAGCGGUGGAUACGACUCUAGGCUGCUACAUCACGAUUUUCAUCAAAGGACCAUAUCGUCGCGAUUCGAUCUAGGAAUGUCUCACCUGUCCGAGUCCUCAGGCGUUUUAAUGUCUCCGCCAUUCAUAUUAUCGUCUGCCAUGUCACCAUCUGGUGUUUUGGCUGUGGGAACCGCCGAUGGACGGGUAUGGAUUGGCACCAGCGGAGAGAAAAUGUCGCGAGUCUCAUCUGGCACAUCUGUCAAUAAGAAACGACGGAAGUGGGAAGGAUUGAAGCAAGAUGGAGCAUUCACAGCGGAUGUCGGACAUGGUCCUAUCACUGCUCUGGCAUUCAUCGGGCCUCGCACACUUUUCACAUCCACAUUGAUGGGAAAAGUCACCCUCCACGAAGUUGGUGGCCCAACUGCGGAUGGAAAGUUGGAUUUAUCUGCAAAAUGGAUGAAGGCGACAACUGAUGUGAACAAGGUUAAUGGGAUCAUUGCUACGGGAGACUUGAUUAUCAUCGGUGGCUUGAGUGAGAGGGGAGAAGGCAUGAUAGAGGUUUGGGAGAAGGAGCCAAAAUCAGGUGAUGUAUGA